GUUGCCCAGAGUAGGAUACUCGGGCGAAAAUAAGAGCUGAGGCAGACCGCUGCCCCGUACGCCGCGUGAUAGCAACUCAUUCCCAAAUUCAACAUGCUGACGGGGUGUUAGCUUUUAUGAUUGGUCGUUGGCUUUACAUUUGAGAUUACAGAGGGCACGAGAAACGUAUCACUUUAAGUCGCUGUUCCGGAUCUCUCUGUUCUCAGGUAGUCUACAUAAAACAGCUGACAAAAGAUGGAAUUCAAACAUCUAGUUGAUAUAGCCCAGGAAUGGUCUUCCGGGAACCCGUUUGAUCUUAUAGCAACAGAGGAGACAAAUGAGAGGCGGUUGGAUUUCUAUGCAGAACCGGGACUGUCAUUUUAUGUCGUGUGUCCAGACAUGAAUGGUGCUGACAAUUUUCAUGUGUGGAGUGAGAGUGAGGACUGUUUGCCCUUCCUGCAACUGGCCCAGGACUACAUCUUCUCCUGUGGGAAGAAAACCCUGUUGGAGAUCCUGAACAAGGUGUUCAGAUCCUUCAGGCCACUCCUGGGUCUUCCUGACACUGAUGAUGACACCUUCACAGAUCACCAUGCAGACAUGGAGGAGGAGCCUGAGGCUGAACACCAACAGAUGGGUGUCAGCCAGCAGUAACACCCCCAUCCCCCUGGCCCCCAUUUCUCUGCAGGACAAUCCUCCAUAUAUGCCACUCCCCUAUGCCUGCGUACACCCUCACACAGGACUGCCUGCUUGAACUGCGUCCACAUAGAACUUGUAACUCAAUUACUUUCUCCAGCCUUACAGCUCCUUAAAUACACACCAACCUUGUGGAUCAUGGGACAGUCAUUAGAUUGACACCUUUUUCAUUUGCCGGUUUUCAAACAUUGUACCAGGAGUUAUUAAUUGUAAGGGGUUUUAUAUAAUGCCAGGGUGCUACUUGUUCUGAUUUCAUUUUGUCUUAAAUGGUCAAUAAGUAUGACACUGACAGAACUGGAUUGGUGCUUUCCCUGCUUAAGUUGAUCAUUGAUUGGUUUGCUGAGUUUCUGUAAACAGCUGAGUUCCAGACAAAAGAGAAUGGGAGAGAUAAAAAUUUCAUAAACCCAAUAUGGUUAUAGAAAGAGAUGGCAGGAGGGAGAGGCAGAAAUGUCUGGGGGAGGGGGAGAGGGAGGGGGAGGGUUGGGGGUGGGGAUAAGUGUCUCCUCAUAACACCCUCAUCCUGAGUAUGUGGAUAUGUACACGAGUAAGAUUUAUGGUCAAAUGGGGACCUUGACUGUGGCUGUACAAUACUGUGCACUGCCACAGUAAAGUAAAGCAAAUGGUCCAGUACAUUAUAUGUUGCUUAUAUUUAGUGGGAAAUUGAUCAGAAAUUUUAGUACUGAAUAUCCAUGUGUCAGUGCUUUAAGUAACUGGAGAGAAAUCUGCGUGUAUGUACAUUCAAUUGACAGAAUCGGGAAAGGUUUGAUGUGAACUCAGUGUAGAGUGAUGUACAAGUAUUUGAACUGAGCCUCAGUCUGUGUAAUGUACCUUAAAUGUAGAUGUUCUGAACCCUUUUGUAUUCCUGGGGGAAAGGGGACAUGUUUGAUAAUGUCACACAAACAGCAUAUAUGAUUCCCUCAGUGUACGCGCCUUCAAUUAAUGAGAAAACAGGUAAAAGAAUGCAAAACAAUGUCUAAAUCUAGGGUUUACCAAGUACCACAGAGAUUCUUCUGGACAGCUGAGCCAUUUCUGACAACACUGUUUAGGCAAAGUGAAAACUAUUGCAUAAAAACAGGGAACAAACACUCCGCAAAGAGAUGCACACAUUCAUAACUAAAAGGAAAUGUCCACAAGGAAAGUAGAACUAAAAAUGUACAGAAACAUUAAAAAUCUCUUUUUUGUGUUCCUGUUUUGUGUUACUUUCCUUUAAUAAGGCUGAGGCCUUUGUUUGUAAAUUCAGUGGAACAAUGCAGUAUGGAAUAGCUGGCCUUCUGUCUCCCUUUUUGAAGUAGCUCUGAAUGUUUUUAUGAUUUUCUCCCAAUUCGAUUUGCUCAAAUUUGGAAUUUCUUACAUACUUUUCUGCUUAAACAAAUUUUUAAACUAACGAUUCACUUGGCCUCUUAAUUUUGUACAAAUAGUUUAUUUUCAGUGACCAGGUGUCUACAUUUCAGCAUCUAGGACUGCUGAUUUCAGCUGAAGGACUAUCUACUAGCCUGUAAUAAAGUGAACUCUCGUUUGCCACAGUACAUUUACAGACAUUGACAGCAUUAGUUGCCGGAGAGCUGAUAUGAUUAGAGUUAUUUCAAUUAAUAUGGAAUAUCUGUUCUUUGUAACAUGUAUAUCUGUUUCUGACAUAAUGUGAUACUAAGAGGGUAGAUUGUCCCUCAUUAGAGAUUAAACAUGUUUUAUUAACACUAA